CAAUUCCUCCUCAACGAUGGACCUCUUCUCUCUAAGCAACAGCACCGCCCUCGUAACAGGCGGCACCCGAGGCAUCGGCCAACAAAUGGCCAUCGCCCUCGCCGAAGUCGGCAGCGACAUAAUCCUCAUCCAGAGAGAUCCCACGAACCUCAUCACCAAAAACGCAAUCGAAUCCUUCAACCGCAAAGCAACAAUCUACACGGCCGACCUCUCCUCCCGCGCCUCAGUGACCACCCUAAUCCCGCGCAUCCUGGCCGACGGCCACGACAUCAACAUCCUAGUCAACUGCGCCGGCAUCCAACGCCGACACCCGAGCCACCUCUUCCCGGACGCCGACUGGGAUGCCGUUCUGCAGACGAACCUAACCACGAUCUUCACAUUGUGCCGCGACGUGGGCCGGUACAUGCUGACGCGCCCACCAGAAAUGCACGGCCAGCGCGGCGCCAUCAUCAACGUCGCCUCGCUGGUCUCGUUCCAGGGCGGGCUGACGGUGCCGGCCUACGCGGCGGCCAAGGGCGGGGUGGCGCAGCUCACCAAGGCGCUGAGCAAUGAGUGGGCGGCGCGCGGGGUGCGCGUCAACGCGGUGGCGCCGGGGUAUGUGGCCACGGAGAUGAAUACGGCCUUGUUGAAUGAUGAGGCGCGAGCGAAGAGUAUUUUGGACAGGAUUCCGGCGGGACGAUGGGCUUCUCCUGAAGAUUUCAAGGGGGUCACGGUUUUCCUGGCGGCGGGGCGGGCGAGUGGUUAUGUUUCCGGGAGCGUCGUGGUGGUGGAUGGGGGGUGGAUGGGGAGGUGAUAUAUACCCAAGCUUCUUGCUGGGUUGGGAAGACAGGUUAGUUUGAACUUGGAGAAGGGUCCAGGGUGUUUAGCAGCUGGUACACCAUGCUGCUAUUCUACGAUAUUCGAAGAACUUACAUCUACUCAACAAUUUCCGUGCCACUGGGAUACCCGAUAGCCUGUCAGCUGCUUGAACGCAACAGAAUAGCUAUGCUGGUAUGCAUACUAGCAUAGCGACCCAAACGUUACCCUGC